AGAUGUUAAUGUUAGUACUAUGAGCGCCGCGAUGUUUAUACAAACGUUUGUGACCCUGUUGUGUUGCUGAUCUCUCUCUCUCUCUCUCUCUCUCUGGUGCUCUUCCAACAUUUAAUGGAGCCCAGUUGCCCUAUUUGGUCGCGCUGUGCCACUGAAAUCUCUGCUCUUCUCGCCCCUCCUUCCCCUCUUCAACUUCAGGAAUAUUAUCACAACCUUUUGUCCGCAAGGCAGUGCAGUGGUAUCAUAGUCAAACAGGAUGACAAUGUUGGAAAAGGUUUAUAUGCUGCCGCGGACUUCAAAGAGGGGGAACUGGUUCUGAAGGACCAAAUGCUUGUGGGGGUUCAACACUCGCUCAACAAGAUUGAUUGUUUGGUCUGUAGCUUCUGCUUUCGUUUUAUUGGUUCCAUAGAACAUCAAAUUGGAAGAAGGCUUUACUUGCAACAGUUAAGUGCCAAUGAGAGUCAUGGCUCUGAUGUGGGAAACUCUGGCUCUUCAAAACACUGGCACGAAGUGGAUUCCUCUGAUGAAGAGGAGAGCACUCAGCAAUGUACUUCUGGUAGUUCCAAAACUAAAGUUCCUCUCCCUGAAGGUGUUGUGGAAUCAUUAAUGAAUGGCAAAUUAAGGUUGCCUUGCUCUGAGAAGUUCUCCUUGCCGCCAGCUGUCCCAUGCCCUGGUGGAUGUGGAGAAGCUUAUUAUUGUAGCACCUCCUGUGCAGAGGCUGAUUGGGAAUCCUCCCAUUCUUUACUCUGUACUGGUGAUAGUUGUGAUCCAGAACAUAGGGAAGCACUCCUUAAAUUCAUCAAACAUGCUAAUGAAACAAAUGACAUAUUCCUCCUUACUGCAAAGGCUAUUGCUUUUACCAUAUUAAAGUACCGCAAGUUAAAAGCAGUUAGUCUUGAAGAGCCAGCAAACUAUGAUACACCCUGUGUUUCAAGCCACUGCAAUUUAUCUCUUCUUUUGGAAGCUUGGAGACCUAUAUCAAUGGGACACAAGAGAAGGUGGUGGGACUGUAUUGCCUUGCCAGAUGAUGUUGAUUCUUCUGAUGAAGAUUCAUUCAGGAUGCAAAUAAAAGAGUUGGCAUAUGAGUCUCUCCAACUUCUUAAGUCAGCUAUAUUUGACAAGGAAUGUGAGCCAUUAUUUUCCCUUGAUAUCUAUGGACAUAUCAUUGGCAUGUUUGAGCUGAAUAAUCUUGAUUUGGUUGUAGCUUCUCCUGUGGAGGAUUACUUUUUAUACAUUGAUGAUCUGACAUAUCCUAACAAGGAAGAAGCUGAGAAGGUUACACAACCAAUUCUGGGUGCUCUUGGUGAAGACUAUUCUAUUUGUUGCCAAGGAAGUGCAUUUUUUCCUUUGCAAAGCUGCUUCAAUCAUUCCUGUUGUCCUAGUGCUAAAGCUUUCAAAAGAGAUGAGGAUAAAGAUGGCCAAGCAACAAUAAUUGCACUGACGUCCAUUUGUAAAGGAGAGGAGAUAACCAUCUCGUAUGUUGAUGAGGACCUUCCGUUUGAAGAGAGACAAGCAUCACUUGCAGAUUAUGGUUUCAGAUGCAGGUGUUCAAAGUGCAUUGCAGAAGGGCCAUAAUGCUAUCACUACUUGUAAAAAGUCAUGCAGAACGCCAAUUUUUUUAGAAGACAGUGAGGCUUUCUUAACCGUGACUGAGUCAAUAUGCCAAAAGAAUGGGAGGAAUAGAGUUGAAAGGGAAACAUUGUUGGAGGAUUUUGUGGCUGUUUUGAAACUUGGCUCCUUUCAAAUAGGUUCACAAUUGCUUGCAUGCAACAUGUGUUGCACUAGUUUUUUCAUUUUAUAUUUCUAGAAGCAAUUGGGAUGUGUUUUGGCAGAGAGAGAUUCUCGAGACUUGUUUCCAAAUUUUGAGCAGAACAUGUUAUGUCAAUCCGAAACUUAAACAGUAGUUUCUUCACUGAUUUAGU